CAAUAUCAUUGUUUAACAUAAAAAUCGCCAGAAAAUAUCUACCACACAAAAACACCAGCUCUGAAUUUGAUAAAACGAUUGACCUCCGUUUUGUAUAUGGCAACCCUCUAAAUCUUUCGUACAUAAUCAGUGGUUAUAUACUGUUUUUACGAUCUGGCACGGAGGAGCGCACUGGAUACUCUAGCCUUACUCAGUUGGCAUCUGGUAGCGAUUUAUUUAAACCGUUAAAGCAUCAUUUCCGAAAACAUUUGAGAGAGUGGGAGCUUUUGUGCUUUGUGUUGCGUGUAGUGGUUGCAGUUAAAAAGAUUGACAACGGAGGCGCUUUUGAAUAUUAUGCUGCGUCGGUCUGGCGUAUACAUCGUGAACGAGCCUCAACUUCCAGACGACACGGCUGAAGAAGAGGAGGAUAGUAAGACAGGGGGGAAAUCAAACGACGAGAAGAAGCUCACAAUGGAGGAGGAAGGCAACGCUAAGAACGGAGAGGAGAUGGCCGGGAACACGGAUACACUGCCGAUAGAUACCUCCACCCCAAUCCCCGAAACCAAACCCAAGAAACAAAAGCAAAGAGUUCCAUCCGUGUACAGGUCUGCCCUUGUGAAGUUGGUCUGCGGUAUUUACGCCCUGAUCAUUGUGGUGCUCGGCGUGGUGUUUGCGGUGGCGACCUCACUGACAGCGAUAGAGAGGGUGCACAGAUACUACCUCGAGGUGUUCUUGGUUUACCUGUACGCCACGUCACUUGCGAUACUCCUCUACUUCUUACUAUGCCUCCUCCACGGAAUCAAAGUCAAAAAUAAUUUUUAUGAAAACAACUUCCGGGUUUCUAUCAGAAACGAUGGAAGCGUCAACAAGUCUCCCACUGCGUCACCACUUCCGGUUAGAGCUUCAGCUGAUGACAAGACGCCUUUGGACCAGCAAAAGAAGGAGUCGAAUGCUGAGCAGAUUUCUCUGACCGCCAUCAGCUACCAGAGUAACCUAGAGCUCCCACCCCCAGGAGGCGUGGCCCAUGUUGGGGAGGGGAUCAACUUUUACCUUCGCCUUGGAGCUCUUGCUUUUGCAUUCGGAAGCGUUACUCUAGACGGACUUCAUAUCGCUACCUACUUUGAGACUAUUACGACAGAAACGUGUGAAAGCGAGAUUUUCAUUCUGGUCUACGUCAUGCAUCUUCUGUUCACAUUUGUGCAGACUUUCUUCAUUUUCAAGAACCACAAGCUUGUUAUAAACAAAAAGAAGCCUUUUGUGCGUUUCGGAAUGAUGCAUCUGAUGGCAACCAAUAUUUGUGUGCUCAUUGUAACGGCAGUGAUGGAAACCAAUGAAGAUUACCGACUGCAAAGUUAUAUUGUCAACAAUGUCACUCUCGAAGGAACUAAGAGCUGCUAUGAGGAGGUCACUCUGGCGAGGUCGGCUUCGCCUUACUUAUUCCCUUGCACCAUCAUCUACAGCAUCAUCGGGGCAGGCAUCAUUUAUCGUCUGUAUCAGUACAUUGGGGUCCGCAUCAAGCAGAGGUGGCCAAGCCACACUUCCUUCACAAGUUCGGCUCCCACGGGUGCUUCCGCUAUCGACUGCGACAAAGCUAACAAAGGCCUCUUCCUUGGUCUGCUUGUCGCCGUCUUCACGCUUAUUGCUAUCGCCACAUUUUUUGUCUUUGAGAGUCGGCUUCAGGACAUGUUCACGGCUGUGAAGGUUCUGUUCACCACGGAAAUCGUUCUCAUGAUCAUCACCGGCCUCGGCAUAGCCUGGGGGUACAUCCGCCUGUCCAAACUCAAGUUCAUAACGUCACAGUUCCUGUCCGUGGACUCGGUUCUGCUGCUCGUCGCACUUGCAGGUUCCUACAUUUACCUGUGCUUCAAGCUUAUUGCUGUCUCAACCUCUCUGCAAGGAAAUGUUGCAGGGAUCCUGUCACUCAUCACCACCAUCUUCUCCAUUUGCCAAAUUACCGAACAAACAGUGUUUAUACUGGAUGGCUUGUGCAGAUGUGCCGAAAAUGACAAUCAAAUGAUGCAAAAGCCAGGAAGGGCUGUAGUCACGUUCCUUCUCGUCUGCAAUCUCGCUCUCUGGGUCGUAAGCAUGUUUGAAGUGAAGAAAACGAGGGUUGUUCGAUUACACGAAGAAUUUUACGGAAUUCUUGCUUGGAAUAUUAUUACACAUCUUUGUGUUCCCCUAAUUAUUUUCUUCCGUUUUCAUUCAGCAAUCUGUCUGUCGAAAAUGUGGUACAAUGCAUACCAGAAAGAGAAAACUACUUAAAUGAAAAGCAGACCAAUGGUUUUUACACAGGAGGGCAGCAAUUGCAAACAAUGCAAAUUCCACAAAUAGGGGCACAGGUUUAACAGUGGAUACUGUACAAUAAGACACGAUUAAACAAGCAGGGAAACUUUCAUUUUAAUGGUGAAAAUGGAGUCGCUCUCGAAUACACGCACUUAGAUUCAUUUGACAAGUUUGAAAAAAAAGCAUUAAUCUGUGAGAAUGACAGAAUGUCACGGAGUUCGAUGUCAUUGGAAUUGACUCUUGGGAGGACACUACAUGGACCAUUAUGAGAAUCGUAUAUAUAUAAUUCAUAGAGUACACGAUGUGACCUUAAUUAGACGAUAGUCGUAUAUUUAUCAUAGUGUACAUAGCUCUGCAUGAUGACAUAGCAUACCGUAGACAGAUAAUGUAAAGCACAUUACACCAAUUGUACAAAUUACCCCAACUCGGCGCGCCGAUUGUUGCCUGCAAAUAUAAACAUACAAGCAGUUGGAAUCCACAAUAUACUCGGUUUGAGAUAAUGGCGCAUAAUUACAGUCUCAUCAAAUGAUGACGAACCCAUUUUCUACUUUUUUGUACUUUAUUUAUACUGUAUUGUAUCAUAUACAGAAUAAAAUAUCCUUAAACCAGA